GUGUCAAUCUGCAAAACUGUCUUGCAAAUGCUGACAUUUGCUUUAAGUACAUUUCACAAGAUCAAUUGGCACGUGUCUAUUUGCAUGGAAAACUUCGACGAUAUUUAAAAUGAAUAGCCCGAAGACGGACGGAGCGCUCAGGAGAAGCUCGGUAAAAAAGUGAAGCGCGAAUGCCACACAGUGAUUCACCAGCAGACUGACUGACGUCUCUCCGGUGUUGCACAGCAAGUCCCGCAGCUCGCCGCUUGCUUAUUUUGCACACUCGAGUCGAGCCGAGCAGUCGCCAGUCGUCGCAGCAACAGACGCAGAAAAGAAAGAAGUUCAGCGCUAGUUUGCGGAAUGUUCAACCUGCGGCAACCUCCGUUUCAAAACGCCGAGCCAGCAACUGUUUGAUUGUUUGAUUUUUUUCAUUUUUUUUCCUGGCUCUUUCCGUCGCAUUUUUCUUGCCCUCUCCAGCUGAUGUAAAGAAAUCUCUUAGCAGCAAUGAUGUGGACCUCUCACGAUACCGCUGGAUUUAUUUUCUUGGCUGGCUUUUGUGUGCAUUUUGGAUUCUCCUUUGAAGGUCGCUUCACUGAUCUACCCUCUAACAUGACGGUUAAAGAGGGACAAAACAUAGAGAUGGCGUGCGCGUUCCAGAGCGGAACCACGUCAGUUUAUUUGGAGAUCCAGUGGUGGUUCGUGAAAGUGCCGGAACCUACUGAGGCCGUGGAGGAUGUGGAUACUGAAGAGAUGGAGAUAACACCAGAGCCUCAUCCUGAUGACGAGGGGACAAAAAUCAGUACAGUCAAAGUGCAGGGCAACGAUAUCUCCCACAAGCUCCAGAUCUCCAGAGUCGGCAAAAGUGAUGAGGGCUUGUAUGAGUGUCGCGUGACACAGGCCAACUAUGGAGAGAUUGUGGAUUACAAAGCCCAAGCUUGGCUGAGGGUCAAUGCCUCCGCCAGAGCGAGACGUCCGUUGCCGCCUCCCAAGAAAAGCUCCCCCCUGCACCUGACAGACAAGAAACCGAGAAAGUCCGUCUCUUCUUUGGGUCAAGACAGCAUGAGUUCAGAUCAGAGGGUGGACUCCUCGUCUUCUUCCCACACAUCCUCCAAUGCGGAUAAACACAACCCCAGCUCAGGUGCAAGAAUAUCAGCCUGCUACCAACUAGUUGUCAUCCUUCUGGCUUACGGUUUGGUGAGGGAGGCCUUGUUAUAAUAUGCAGAGGGGAUAUGUAUGAGGAACUGACUUGGUUGAAACCAGAUCUCACAUUCUCUCUGUUUGCUCUUAAAGCGAACAAGAGAUUUGCUUGUUUUAUGUCCUCCUCCGACACUACCAUGCGGACUUCACCGUAUAGCCUCAUUUGCCAGCCACUACUACUCUUGCACCGAGCACAUUAUUAUUAGCCACUACACACAAAAAAAAAAAAAAAAAAAUCUGCCUCCUUAGAAUCAGAUGGAUUACCUUUUGUACAAAGGUCAUGGUUACAUCAGCCAAGGUGCAAUGCUCCAAUGUGAAAAUGAACUCCUGUUAGAUAACUCACAUGGAGGAAUCACUUUCUUAUGGUUUCGCUGUUCCGGGUCAUGUGUUCAUUGGUCAAAAUGAACAAGGAAAAAGAAGAAUCUAUAUUUGUGUUAUAAAUAUAUAUAUAUAUGAAAUUAUAUAUACAUCUGUUUUAUUUGAAACACUUAGCGUUAAUGUUUGUGCCGUAUAUACAUAGCUGACACUGACACCGGAUGGCUCAUGCCUUUCAUUGUGAAUAGGCCCCGAUCAACGACAAAAAAAAAAUAUAUAAACAGAAUUUCAUUUUUUUGACUGUUACCAUUAGCCCUCCCGCAUUUCUUUCAUUUGUCUUUAAGCUGUUCAAAUGAUCUGGUGUGCAUACAUUUACGUCUCGUUUGUGAUACAAAUGUGCAUGCUUGUUGAUCAAGGCUUAAAGGAGAGGAGGUGCGUAUUACAUUAUUUGAACACGAGUCAGCACUUGGAGUUCAGUGUUUCCGUAUUUCAGAUUUAGCUUUAUUUCAAUGUGCUAGCUUUGAUGUGGAACAAAAAGAAAAACAUGUCUUUGCCAUUUUUAUUUGUAUUGCACCCUCUGAAUGAAUAAAAUGGAUGUCACAAUUCAUGAAUAAUUCCCAGUAUGUCACCGCUGAAGAAUUCAUUUAAACUGACCAAGACAUUUAUUAUCAAAGGAGCCGUUUUUAAAUUGUAUGCCUUCCUGUGUGAUAACUAUCUCAUUACAAAGAGUAUUUGGCCAGUAGGGAUAAUGAGUUUUGCCAAUUUUGCAUUUUGCUGAUACACACGUUGCAUAAUAAAAUGUACGCCUGGGUGAAUUAUGACAGAAUAUUCUGUUUGGGAGGAGCAGCUUCUCUAAAAAGUAAUAAAGAUCCAUGCAGAGCAUUUCUAAACUCAUCGCUUUGACAAUCUGACACAAACGGGCCAAACUGUUCUGACUUCAGAUAAGGACGGUUUCACAUCAUGUCAGACCACUUCUGCUUUGUCUCUUCUAGAGGUUAUCGUCAUUUCUGCUUCACUUAUGGAAUAAGGUAUAAACAAAUAAAUAAUAGUUGCAAAGAUUACAUUUUCCGCUUCAGGGUGGUGCUAGAGCUUAUCAGAUCUUACUUGAGUUGAGAGGCAGGGUACAAACUGUUCACCCUCACAUUCACACCUCUGGACAAGUUGGAUGUUUUUAGAAGGUGUGACGGAGCCA